UUAUGAAAAAUAAAAUAAAUAAUAAAAAAAAAGAUCACAUGAGCAUUUACCUUCAAUUUUAGUUGAAAGAAUUGACUAUUUAUCUACAGCAAAAUCUCGUAAACAGAAGUUACAAAAUACAGAUAAUAUUUCUAAAAAAUUAUUUUGUGACACCAAUUAAUCCACAAUAAAAUUAAAAACAUAACAAUUUAUUCCCAGACAUUCAAAAUUAGACUAAAAAUAACUUCGAAAACCAGUAUAUACAGGUGAAUCAAACGCCAUAUUGUCUACUUAAACCCAUCGAAAGGCACAGACAAUACAAAAAGAUGAAUAAUUAACUGAAAAUAUACAUAAUGUAACCAAAAAAAAAGAGCAAAAAUUAGAAAAGGACAAAUCUGAUGCCUUAGUUAAUGAAAAACACGACAAAAAUGCUACUGCAAUUGCCGAAACAUAAUUCGUAGGAUUUGAUCAAUAUAAUAAAUAAACACUAGAAGGAAAAGUUGAUUUAGAAAAAGUUAGAGAAAUAAGAAGAGUUAUAAGAAGAAGAUAUGCAAAUAGAACACAUUUUUAAAAAAUUUUUAAUUAAUGGGAUUAUAACUCUUUAGGAUGUAUUAAACCAUAAAAUGCGUAUGAAAUGAUAAAAAAAUUAGGAAUAAAUAUUAAUUUUGAUGAAUGUAGGGUAUUAAUAGCUAGUUCUGAUUAAGAUUAAAGCGGUGAUUUAAAUUUAAAUGAAUUUAUGGACCUUAUAUUUAAUAGUAAUGAUACUUUAAAUGUAAAUUUAAAAUCUCUUCCAGUACUUUCUGAAGAAGAAUAUGCUAUUUCGACAGCUGAAAAUGUAGUCAAUAAAUUAACAUAAGACGCAAUUAAAACUAGACAGGAAAGACAUAAAAAUUAACUAAAUUUAAUUUUAUAGAAUAAACUUUCUUUUAUUAAAACUUAUACUUUUUCAGAAGAUAGUCUAUAAUAAGGAUUUGUUUCUUAUUAAAAGUUUAAGGAUAUUAUAAAAAAAUUAGCUAUACCUGAAACAGUGUUGAAUAAAGAUGAUGUCGAAUCGUUAUUUCUUAGACAUAAAAUAGAUAAAAAUUUAUUUAAUUAUAGGGAAUUUAUUGAAUAUUUAAGAAAUUAUAAAUUUGUUCCAGAAGAUAUAUACGUUGAUCCGUCUUUAACUGAAUAAAAAAAAGGUGAAAAAACAAAAUUAUUAACACUUUUUAAUUACGAAGAAAAUAAUAAAAUAAAUGUUUUUGAUAAUACAAAUGUCAAUUCAUGGCAUUUGGAUUGUAUAAGAAAUUCUGCUACAAAGGUUUUUAGAAUUAUUGAAAGAUAUAUAAGUAAUAAAGAAAGUUUUGAUGAAUAUUUAAUGUAAUAAAUUAAUAUUUAGGAUAAAAAUUAAUUCUAAAAAGAAUAAAUUUCAAAAAAAAAUUUAACAAAAGCUAUUUAAAAUUUACUUUUGAAUGUAGGGGAUAAUGAAAUAAAAAAGGAAGAAGUGGAAGCUUUUUUAUCUAUUUUUCUAUAUAAUAAACAUGACCAUACACAUGCUAAAGAUAUAUCUACAGCUAUAUUUGAUGAAUCAAAUAGAUAAUGGUAUAAAAAAUUAGCUUAAAAACCAAAUAAACCUCCUCCUCCACCUUAAGUUUUAUAUCAUGAUGAGUUUAAAGAAACAAAUGAAAAAAAUAUGGAAAUGUCUUAUAUAUAAUAAUAAUAAGAAUAGUUUUAAUAAUAUUCUGGUUUAGUUAGGAAAUCUACUGGACUUUUUUAUCCGAAAAAUUUAAACUUGAUUUUAGAAAAAUUUGAAAAUUAAAUUUUUUGUGGAACUUAAAAAGCUUAUGAAAUUUUCAAAAAAUUUGAUGUGGAUAAAGAUGAUACAUAAAGAUAUAAUAGAUUUACUUCUACUCCUGCUAUAGGAAAUACUUUCAAAAAUUUUUAGGCACCAGAAAAUAGUCCAAUGUAUAUGUGUAACCAAGUUUAUGUCAAUGGACAUAUGAACAUCGUUGUCAUUUAUUAAAUAGUUGGAAAAAAGCCUCCAGGCGUUACAAAAAAUGAAUAAGACGCAAGAAACGCAGCAGAUAAAGUAAAUGAUAAUGAAAGUGAAGAAUAUAAGAAAGCAAUGAGAAAAGAAAUAAGAUCUUUAAAUGAUAUUUAUGAAGAAGAAAAAAAACUGCUUGCAUUUUAUUAAUAAGAGAGAGAAAAAAUUAAUUACAAUUGGAUUAUUUCAAAAAAGGAAUUAGAAGAUAAAAAAAGUGAACUUAUUAAUAAAGAAAGAGAAUUAUAAGAUUUAAAUGAAAAUCAUUUUAUGACUUUGAAUGUUUAUAAAUAAAAAAUAAAACAUUUACUGUUUCAAAAUUAAGAUUAAUAAAGUGAAUUAAAAAAAGACGUAGAAAUAACUCUUAAAUAAUUAGAAGACUAACAUAGAAUUAAAUCCAGAGAAUUAAAAACUGAUGUUAGAGCAUUAAAAGUCAUGAAAAAAGAAUAAGAAAUUUCUCAUAAUGACUAUAUUUUUGCUUUAAAAUAAGAUCAUGAUAAAUAAAAAACAUUAUUAAGAUAAGAAUAUGAAAGAUCAAUAAAUGACAUAAAAAAGAAAUAUGACUUGAAAAUGUUUAAUUUAACAAAGGAGAUGGAAGAAGCUCGUGCAGCUUAAAUAAAGCUUUUGGAAGAUAAUAAAAACUAAAAAAUAGCUGAAUUAAUAAAAGAGCAUACUGUAAAAUAUAAUGACAUAAAGAAUUAUUAUUCAGAAAUAACUGCCACUAACCUAGACUAUAGAAAAACUUUAAAAGGUGAAAUAAAGGAACUCUAAAGAUAAGAAGAGGAAUGUAAAAAAAUCCUUUAAUAAACAGAAAAAGGGUCAAGGGAAUUAAGUGAACCUUUAUAAGCAUUAGAAAUAGAAAUUGAAUAAUUAUUAAAAUAAUAAGUGGAAUAAGAAAAAAUAAUAAAAGAAAAAGAAGAUUUGAAAAAAUAAAUAGAAAUUCAUGAAACAUUAUUUAGAAAACUCGAAUAUGAAUAUGAAGUAAAGUUAUAAUAGUUUAAUUAUUUAGAAAGAGAAAGAAAUGCAUUGCAUUAAAAAUUAAAUCAAACAGUUUAUGAAAUACAUUAAAAAGCUGGACUUGAAAAUCUAAUUUUAGAAAAGAAAAAUGCAAAUCUAAGGGAAGAUUUAGAAAUUAAAGAUUUGGAAAUACAUUCUACAUUAUAAUAAGCUAAUAUAGACCCUAAUUCUCUAGGAUCUAUUACUAAAAGUUUAGAAGAAGCUGAAUAACUCAAAAAUGAUCUUAUUUAAGAAUUAUAAUUGUAACUUAAAUAAAUAAGAAAAGCACAUUCUCAUAUGGUAAAGGCUUAUGAAGGAAAAUUAUCUGAAUUCGUUAUCCCAGUUGAGGAAUUAGGAUUUGAUCCGUUGGUUCCUACUAAUACUGAUUGA